GAGGGGGCGGGGCACAGCGAGGACCAUCUCCAACGGUUUGUAUGUUGUUUUUCAUGAGUUGUCGGGUGUCUCUGUCAGUCAUACGGCUAGCCCUACCCCGCAAUCCGACUCUAAUAGCGAAGCCCGUGUCUCUGACUCUCCGAGCAAGCAAACACCUAGUCCGUUUUAAUUCGGUUUCCAGUGUAUCGACAUUAUUCAGCAUGCCCGAGCGGAGGCCCUUCGUGCGGUUGCCCACUGACGUCUACCCCGUCAACUACGGGCUGCGCCUCAAGCCCGACCUCGUCGACUUCACCUUCGAGGGCAAACUGGAGGCAGCCGUGGAGGUUACACAAGGGACAAACCAGAUUGUGAUGAACUGUGCUGAUAUAGACAUAAUUACUGCUUCUUUUGUGCCUGAAGGGGGGGAAGAAAUUAACGCUACAGGAUUUAACUAUCAGAACGAGGAUGAGAAGGUGACCCUAUGUUUCCCCAGCACUCUGCAAAAUGGGUCAGGAUCAUUGAAAAUAGACUUUGUUGGAGAGCUGAAUGACAAAAUGAAAGGCUUCUAUAGGAGUAAAUACACGACUCCUUCGGGAGAAAUCCGCUACGCUGCCGUCACACAGUUUGAGGCCACGGACGCACGUCGAGCUUUUCCUUGCUGGGAUGAACCAGCUAUCAAAGCCACUUUUGACAUCACCCUCAUCGUCCCAAAGGACAGAGUAGCCUUGUCGAAUAUGAAUGUUGUUGAUCGAAAGCCAUAUCCAGAGGAUCACAGUCUGGUGGAGGUGAAGUUUGCCACUACACCCAUCAUGUCCACCUACCUGGUGGCAUUUGUCAUCGGCGAGUAUGACUUUGUGGAGAGUCAGUCGUCGGACGGUGUGACAGUCCGUGUGUACACCCCUGUCGGAAAGGCAGAGCAAGGGAAAUUUGCACUGGAGGUUGCUACAAAGACCCUUCCGUUCUACAAAGAUUAUUUCAAUGUUCCUUAUCCGUUGCCUAAAAUUGAUCUAAUCGCUAUUGCUGAUUUUGCUGCUGGUGCUAUGGAAAACUGGGGCCUUGUUACUUACAGGGAGACAGCUCUGCUGAUUGACCCAAAGAACUCGUGUGCGUCGUCCCGGCAGUGGGUCGCCCUGGUAGUCGGCCAUGAACUGGCACAUCAGUGGUUUGGAAACCUGGUUACCAUGGAAUGGUGGACUCAUUUGUGGCUUAAUGAAGGCUUUGCAUCUUGGAUCGAGUACCUUUGUGUAGACCACUGUUUCCCUGAGUACGACAUCUGGACCCAGUUUGUAUCUGCGGACUACACCAGGGCUCUUGACCUGGAUGCGUUAGAUAACAGCCACCCUAUUGAGGUUGAUGUCGGACACCCUUCAGAAGUGGAUGAAAUAUUCGAUGCCAUAUCGUACAGCAAAGGGGCCUCUGUCAUUCGCAUGCUGCAUAACUACAUUGGUGAUGAGGAUUUUAGAAAGGGAAUGAAUGCUUACCUUUUGAAGUUUCAGCACAAAAAUGCAUCUACUGAGGACUUAUGGGAGUGUUUGGAGCAAGCAAGCGGGAAGCCUAUUGCCGCAGUGAUGAAUUCCUGGACCAAACAAAUGGGCUUCCCUAUAAUAGUAGUGCAUCAAGAGCAGCAUGGAAGUGACCGCGUGCUGAAAAUCUCUCAGAAGAAGUUCUGUGCUAGCGGACCACGUAAUGAUGAGGACUGCCCCAAUUGGAUGGUUCCCGUCAGUAUCUGCACCAGUGAGGAUCCAAGCUGCACUAAGAUGAAGGUUCUGUUGGACCAGCCUGAAACCACAAUUAACAUCACCAACAUUGCACCUGACCAUUGGGUCAAGAUUAAUCCAGGUACUGUGGGAUUUUACAGGAUCCAGUACAGCUCAGACAUGCUGGAGAGUCUGCUGCCUGGUAUCCGAGACCUCACACUACUGCCUGUGGACCGCCUGGGUCUGCAAAACGACCUCUUCUCUCUGGCUCGAGCAGGUAUGAUCAGUACUGUGGAGGUGUUGAAGGUGAUGGAAGCAUUUGUGAAUGAGCCAAACUACACGGUGUGGAGUGACCUGAGCUGUAAUCUGGGUGUUCUGUCCUCUCUGCUCUCACACACUGACUUCCACGAGGACAUCCAGGAGUUCAUCCGAGAUCUCUUCACUCCUAUCGGCAUGAAGCUGGGAUGGGACAGCAAAACCGGAGAGGGGCAUUUGGACGCCCUGCUGCGAGGUCUGGUGCUGGGGAAGCUGGGUAAAGCGGGGCAUAAGGCCACUCUGGAGGAGGCCCGGCGGAGAUUCAAAGAGCAUGUGGAGGGUAAACAGAUUCUGUCUGCAGACCUCAGGAGUCCAGUGUACCUGACAGUUCUGAAGCACGGAGACAGCACAACACUUGACACCAUGCUCAAGCUUCAUAAGCAGGCAGACAUGCAGGAGGAGAAGAACCGCAUCGAGAGGGUGCUGGGAGCCAUUCCCGCCCCUGACCUCAUCCAGAGAGUGCUUAACUUUGCCCUGUCGGAGGAGGUUCGUCCCCAGGACACUGUGUCUGUAAUCGGGGGCGUAGCUGGAAGCAGCAAACAGGGGCGCAAAGCUGCAUGGAAAUUCGUUAAGGACAACUGGGAAGAACUUCAUAACCGUUACCAGGGCGGCUUCCUCAUAUCAAGACUCAUCAAGCUGACAGUGGAUGGGUUUGCAAUAGAUAAAAUGGCUGCUGAAGUUAAGAGUUUCUUUGAAAGUCAUCACGCGCCAGCGGCCGAGCGCACGGUACAGCAGUGCUGCGAGAACAUUCUCCUGAACGCUGCCUGGCUCAAGAGGGACGCAGAUGACAUCCACCAGUACCUGCUGCAGCGGAGAGCGCCCCCCGUCUGACCUCCGAACUCUGACCCCUCCCUGACCUGCUCACUCACUCCAAAAUGAGCAUCAUCUGGCUAUCUUCAGCGAAAACAGAAAUGAUUUCAAAACUGCAACUCCAUCUUAAGAAUUACCCAAGAGUCAAUAAAGAGAAGUGAAACUAGGAAACAAGACUGUUGUUCACUCUUGAGUGUGACGUAGUUCCCCAUUCUGCCAGUGGGAGGCGCAAGUGCACUCGAGCAGAGCUGUGACUGAAACGCAAGAGAUUCUCCAUGUUAUUUUAUAAGCUGGUAUUGCAUGUACACACAUCGUUCCAUCAGUAUGGCACUCCUCUUAUGCAGUGAUAUUAUAACGCAAUCAUCUCUCUUUCCUCGCAUUCACCGGUAGAAAAAAAAAACAAGCAUGUUGUUGAAAUACUCAAUUUUAAGUUUGUUUGUUUGUGUUUUCUUUUGUUCUGUACAAAUGACGAUCUCCUCCUUCAGUUUUAUUAGUAAUGGCUAUAUACGCAUUUUACCCAGAAUCCUCUGCGGCGUGACUGGGCAGAAUGGAGGUUAAAGGUUGGGGUGCACUGGUAACUGAACGGACUCUAUGGUAACGGCUCUGAAUCCCAUCGUUAGUAACGGUUAGGACUGAAGACGCAUAAGCAUGGUACUGUGUGUAUAUUGUAAACUGCGAGCAUUAGUUCUGAGACCUUCAAUUAAUCUGAAAUGUGAUUAUAUAUACAUACGUCUUUGCCCUUGUCUCCUGUACGUCACUAUCACUUGUUCUUCAGCACUUCCUGUGGUUUAUACCUCCAGAAACUGCGAGAGAAAUCAACACAGUGGAAGAAAUGUCAUUAGCAUCUGCCAUGAUAAUACAAAGCUGUUAGAGAUAACAUUUUAUAAGAUUUAUUUUACUGUUGUUGAAAUCAAAAAAGCCCACAAAAAAAUCAUGAUUUAAUCUCGGAGGCCUUAAAUUGGUUAACCGGAUUGUUAGAUGGCAUGGUAGCCUUGUUGAACCGUAAAACCUACAGAGAAUUUGUUAUCUGAUGUGGCGCCCAACACGGGGUUCACGAUCACCAAAUUCUGUCACUAAAUCGUUCCCUGAAAUGUGCUUUUGUUUCAAAAUAUAAUUGAUGUUCAUUAAAGAUGAUGAAAAAAAAGAUAAAAGAUGGGCACAACUGUAUUGUUGGAAUGCUAUACUGGAUUUGUACAUGUGCGGAAUGACUCCUCAUGCUCUUAUGUUUGUGUGCAUUUUGUAAACGAUACACAAAUGAACAUGUAUCCCUUAAAUGUAGAUUAUGCCAUUCACACAGUUCAAAUGGGUGUUUCAAAACAUAUCACUUAUGAAUAUAAAUGUAAAUAAUGAUUUCAGAUCAUGUGCAGCAGGUACAAUGGGAGGAAAGACAGAGGACUUUGAUGUUAUCAGCAUUAUAAAUGCUCAGUUUUUGGACACUGAAGCACAGAUAAGAUGAUGAAGGUUCACUUAUGUUUGCACAGAUUUUGUGUUGGGAGCUUGUGUUCACUGUGCAACAUGCAGACUGAAGUUUGCAUAUCUGACCGUAUUUCAAUAGCAGAUUUCAAACAUCAAUGAUAGUGUCAUAGAGUCUGAUUUCACAAGAUUUUCGUUACGUUAUUGCCGAAGACAGAAACUAGGCAAUAAAGAAAAUCACAUCUGAUGCAAGAGAGGAACCUUGUGCAAUGGACUGCUUGCAUUUAUAAAAGUAUUAAAAAUUAAUGAAGUGAUUCAUCUGUAUUCCAGCUUUAACAUUAGCUGGUAGCUUAUCAAAUGCAGUCAUGAAAAAAACUGGAAAGAUUUGAGUCAUGGAAAAUAAAGUCAUGAAAAACAAAAUCAUA